AUGGCGGGUGAUCAGCAGCAAGGGGGGGGUCAUGGCACCCAAGAACCAACCUCUGUAGUGUCUUCCAGCCACCCAAGAUCCUCUGUAGUGUCUUCCAGGCACCCAAGAACCAACCUCUGUAGUGUCUUCCAGCCACCCAAGAUCCUCUGUAGUGUCUUCCAGGCACCCAAGAACCUCGGCAGUGUCUUCCAGCCACCCAAGAACCUCUCUAGUGUCUUCCAGCCACCCAAGAACCUCUGUAGUGUCUUCCACCCACCUAAGAACCUCUCUAGUGUCUUCCAGCCACCCAAGAACCUCUCUAGUGUCUUCCAGCCACCCAAGAACCUCUGUAGUGUCUACCCACCUAGAACCUCUGCAGUGUCUUCCAGCCACCCAAGAACCUCUCUAGUGUCUUCCAGGCACCCAAGAACCUCUGCAGUGUCUUCCAGCCACCCAAGAACCUCUGUAGUGUUUCCAGGCACCCAAGAACCUCUGUAG